UUUAUAUUUGUGGGUGCAAACAAAUCGAAGCUGAACUUUAUUCGCUACGAUCACUGCCAGUAGCAUUUAACAAUCCCACAAACAAACCUGGAUAGCCAGGAACAGCAGGAUGUGGCCCGGUUCCGAGCGAGGAAGCUCUCGGGCCCUGGAAAACCCAACCAGUCAGCAAAACGCCGGCGGUAGUAGUCAGCAAGAGACGCUGGCCGAUAUUGAACACAUAUCCACAAUCGCCGGAUCGUUGGCCUCCAUUGGAUCCAUCUCGCAAACCCAAAUGCGAUAUCAAUGCACCAAUGAUGCCGGCUAUGAUACGGAACACACUUCUUUGAAUUCGGACUUUGAUGAGUCGGAACUACGGCGGGAAUUAUUGAGAGAUAAAUGGAAACUUCUCUUUGAUAUGUUUGAUCCCGAGGGUUUUGGCGAAAUAUCCGUUGAGGAAUUCCUGGUGGCCUUAAGGUCGCCAGAGUUCCUGUCCCAAGUGCCUAUGAAUAAGCGGGAAUUGCUGCUGGAGCGGGCCAAGAAGGCGAAGUUGCCAACCGGACCCGGCUAUGUGACGUUCCAGGACUUUGUGAAUGUGAUGAGCGGCAAGCGGACACGUAGCUUCAAAUGUGCCGUACACCAUCGAGAUCGUGAAGUCUGCUCUGAGAACGAUUUCCAGCUAGUGCUCAACGAACCGCCACUCUUCCGAAAAAUGGUGCAUGCUGUGGCCAUGGAGAUCCUGCCCGAGGAGCGGGAUCGCAAAUAUUACGCCGAUCGAUACACCUGCUGUCCGCCGCCAUUUUUCAUUAUCCUGGUCACUGUAGUAGAGCUCGGCUUUUUUAUAUAUCACUCUGUUGUAACGGGUGAGGCUGCUCCAAGGGGACCUAUACCCUCGGACUCCAUGUUUAUCUACCGACCGGAUAAGCGGCACGAGAUCUGGCGCUUCCUCUUCUACAUGGUCCUUCAUGCCGGGUGGCUUCACCUCGGAUUCAAUGUAGCCGUGCAGCUUGUUUUUGGCCUGCCAUUGGAGAUGGUCCACGGAUCCACAAGGAUCGCCUGCAUAUACUUUUCGGGAGUGUUGGCGGGAAGCUUGGGCACCAGCAUCUUUGAUCCCGAGGUGUUCCUUGUGGGUGCCAGCGGUGGAGUUUACGCUCUGCUGGCCGCUCAUUUGGCGAAUGUCCUGCUCAAUUAUCACCAGAUGCGUUACGGAGUCAUCAAAUUGCUUCACAUUCUGGUUUUCGUUUCCUUUGAUUUUGGCUUUGCUAUCUAUGCGCGCUAUGCCGGCGAUGAACUGCAGUUGGGAUCUUCGAGCGAAUUUGUGGCUCUAGAUCAGACUGAAACAGUGGUUGCCGUUUCGUUUGUGGCCCAUUUGGCAGGAGCCAUAGCUGGCCUAACGAUUGGUCUUUUGGUCCUCAAGAGUUUCGAGCAGAAGCUCCACGAGCAGCUCCUCUGGUGGAUCGCCUUGGGAACUUACUCAGCGCUGGUGGUCUUUGCCAUCGCCUUUAAUAUUAUGAAUGGAUUUGCCAUGUUCAAUAUUCGCGUGGAAAAGAUCCGGGUGACGGAAACGUAUUUCAACGAUUUCCAGGUGUAAAGUCCCCGGAGGAUUUGAUUCGUCUUUAAUUGAUAUUUUGCUUAAAUUUUGUUCAUUGCGUUCGGUUGAAGUUUUUAUUGUUUUCGGACGUCAAUUAAGUUUCCCGUUUAUUGUUUUGUUUGCACUAUAUCUGAAGAAUCAGAUAUUUAUCUCGUAUGCUUACUUGUCAUUCGACGUAAAUUAUUUUGUUUUGUUUGCUAGUUAAGUACAAACAAUAUAUCGUAAGAAUUGUAAGAGAAUAUUUACAACAAAUCGAACUGAUUAGAUGUAACAUAAUGCUCAAGGAAUAACACAUUUUCUAUAUAUACGUAAGUAUAACUGAGGAAUCAGAAGACUUUGUUUGAGCUAGGAAUAAAACUCCACAAUUAAGCUGUAAAAUAGAAAUAAAAUACAAUUAUAUAAAUGCUUUAGGGGCUAUAUGGAAACCGAUAUUGGCAAACAAAUAACUCAUUCUAAAUUAACAGGCCUUACAACAAAUUGAGAUAACUACCUCAAGAUCACAACUGAUAAAUAAUGUUAUAUAUAGACAAAAAGUUUAUAAAAUCGGUUUCAAUUUGAUAUAGCCAAGCGUAAAUCAGCACUGCCAGCUUUAGGGGAUACAUUAGAAUAAGCACCAACAGAGAAAAGCAUAAAUUUACAUAUUUUGUAUUU